CAGGACUCUGUUAGGAUGAACUCUGCUGCUUUCGCAAACACUGGCUCUGGCUUCAAAGAUCCUGAAAAACUUAGCUUCGAAAGAGACUGGAUACGCAGAGCAGUCUUGGCCUCGUAUUGGAUCGUUAUUAUUCUGGCUUUCCCAUUCUGGUGGCAUUUGACGAGUAUCGAGAGACUUGCACUUCCGACCAGUCAAGUACGAUCACAACUUCAGAAUAACAUUGUCUUUCCUAUCGCUAUUCACUUUGAUGCGUCCAUUAGCCAACAAAAUCCCACUCUAAACUCUCAAGUUCAAACAUUACUUCAUGAUUCUGCGAUAAAUGAACCUGGACGGUGGACAGGCGUUGACAUACGCCUACAAGACAGAAAUGAUGAAGUAGCAUCUAGCCUAUAUACAGUUGCUCUUGGUGAACAGACCUCAAUUGCCCAUUCAAGAAACUUGCGGGUGAACAGGACCGAUGCACAGUCAGCAACGAGAUUAAGCUCUAUAUUGUCCGACCUUAUCGCUCCUCCAGAGUCAGGCACUUCACAUUCGCAGCGUGUCGUUCAAUACUCAGAUCACUAUCGUCUCGCUUUCACGCUACUAAACGAAGAUGCAACCCCCAAUCGAUUCGUUGCAACAUGGGAUGUGCAAGCUGCGCUCGCAGAAUUCAUAUAUCCGCUGAUGUCUCAACUCUCUAUUUUGCACAAUUUUACUGUCGAAAGUCAAGUACAGUACCAUGCUCCAUUAGCAUUUGAGCCGAGACGCGUGACCCUUGGUGACACCGAAGUAUCAGGGCUUACGCAGGAAGACUUGACGGUGUUUAUCAAUUCUGCCGAAUGGACACUUGCAUCCAGCGUCUCGAAUGAUCCUGUUCUACAUUUCGUUCUAUUCGUUCCUUCUGAGACCCAUUCACCCAUGAACAUUGUUGACAGUGAAGGUCGUCCAAUAAAUCAGAGCUCCUUCCUUUUGCCCCAAUGGGGCAGUAUUUUUAUCCUCAACAAUGAACUCAAUUCCUCGUCGUUGCAUCUUUCAUAUAAUGAUCUAAAACCAGUUUUCCGCAAUUUUGCCACCCAGCUCGCUGCUCUUUUAGGCGUGCCACCCGUUCCCUUCGGCUUGAUUAUGGAAGGAAGCUUUCUAUCUGACUGGCAGUUAGAUGCUCUGCUCCGGCAUCGUGCAUUGCAGAAUGUGCAAGGCAGCCAGGACACAUUGCACAGCAUUAUAAAGCUCGUGGAUCAGAUCAAUAACAUGCCUGUUGGGCAAGUGGUACGAGAUGAUGUCCUAGAUGCCCUUGCAUCGCUCCACGAGGCUUAUCGCACUGCUGUGACAUCGCCGGCCCUUGCUCUGCGAUGGUCCAGUAAGGCAUUAUCUAUGGCGUCACGCGCUUUCUUCAAUCCUGGGAUGCUGGCAUUGCUGUACUUUCCUGCCGAGCACAAGUAUGCGGUGUAUACGCCACUAUUCGCAUCUAUAUCUGUUCCUCUUGUGGUGGCCUUAAUUCGGGAGUUCAUGGCGUGGAAACGGGGCUCACGGGAUAACGGAAGGCGGUGAGAUUGAUGAUUACGCCCUUUGUUUGAUAGCUCGUUUGUCGUCCGCAAGGCUCUUGUGUACGCUAGAAAAUACAAGAUAAUCCUAUAGCAGUGUAUUGUAGCCCUCCGUACUAUAGUAUAUAAU